AAAGGCGCGGGGGGCCGGGUCGCGGUGUAUGGCGGGUCGCAUCUCUACGUCGGAGCGCCGUAUUUUGCGGCGCAGGCCGCCAAGCUCAUGGGGAUCGAUUUGGUGUUCGUCAAAGCAGGUAUCAAAAUGUGAUGAAUAACAGGAGCAGAAUGUCUGCGGUUUUGUAGGUUUGUUUCUGAUAAGAAGUACCUUGCAUAUAUAAUGGUAUUAUUCCAAAUAAUUUGCAGCAACAUUUUGCAAAGUUUGGAAACAGUAAUUCUACGUCGUCAUAGACCACGACUGUGCAUCAUAACAAGCUCCAUCCUCCUGGUGUUCCAAGUAUUCUUGUAAAACCUACAAAAAAACCACAAAAAUCUCCCCAAUUUUUCCACUCCAUUGCAGGCCACGCUUCGGUUGCGAAGGGGAUCAAGGCAAAAUCGUGCGACAUCAUGUGUGCGGAAUACGACGACCCGAACGACUACAAAGCCUUCACCACCGAGGACCGUGAAAUUCUCGCCAAGUGCGACUGUCUGAUCAUCGGCCCGGGGUUGGGACGCGGCGAGGAGGUGAAGAAGAUGUUGCGGGAGCUACUCGCGGACGAAACCAUCUGGCCGCCGACGAAGCCGCUCGUGAUCGACGCCGACGGCCUCUACGCCAUGACCGCCCCCGACGCGUCGUUGCCCCCACCACCCUCCGCCCGGGGCGGGAAGCCGGCCGACAAGUGGAGCGCGGACAAGGAAACCAUGGACCUGUUCUGGAACUUGUUGGAGUCUCGGAAGAUUAUGCAUUGCAAAAGUAUCGUACUCGUGUUAUUGCGAUCAUGCAUUACAAAUUUUUUUCUCAAGGUAAAUCAGCAUUGCAAAUUUUAUUUCUCAUGCUGGGGAAAUGCGAUUUCUACUAGUACGACAUACUUUGGCAAUGCAUAAAGAUUUUGCAACAGCAAAACGGGGAAGAGGAUCUUCCCGAUGGGACGAAGAAGGCCGUGGAGCAGAUGACGACCUUUUCCAACCACGCCGCGCCUACGAUUUUAACCCCGAACUUGGGCGUAUGGAAGUGUCAGAAUCGAAAUUGACAAAAUCAAAACGAUUUGUCAUGCAUAAAAUGGAUUCCAGUUCGAACUCAGUUUCUAAGUGGCGCAUGACAAACUCUGGUGGUGUGCAAAUCCAGUUUGUAAUGCUGUUUAGGCAAAGAAGGCUGAUUCUCUCAUGCUGCUUUAGCAGCGCGAGCUAUAACCCCAAACAGGCUUAGAAUCGGCCUCACUUGCCUGCUCUGCAACACACGUAUUUCGCGUCGUGCAUUUGAUGCAUGACAAAUUUUUCGAUUUUGUCAAUUUCGAUCCUGACAGUUCCAUAGGGCGAGUUGAAGUACGUCACGGAGGCGUUGGACAAACACGUGUUGUGGUUCAACGAGAAGCAUACGGACCACAUAUGGAAUGCAAAUAUGCCUGGGUCUGGGAGAUUGCGAGAUUUGUCAUGCUUGUCUGGCAUGAGUCUUAAAUCUGUGAUGCAUGAGCAGGAAAAUGGCCUCUUGCCUGUCAUGCAAAUAAAACGGAGUUUGUCAUGCGAAAAACGAAACACACAGAAGCGGCAAAACUUGUCAUGCUGGGCUGUAUAUUGUAGCGCGCCCACAAUUCGUAGAUUUGCAUCACAAGUUUAUUCCAGACCCAGACAUAUUUGCAAUCCAUAUCACACCUUCUACGGCAACUAUC